GGCCGCGGUGACGUCACUUACCGACACACUCUGACAGACUCUCGCGGAUAAAAGUCUCUCGAUCCAUCGGGAAUAACAGCCUCAAACCUCGGCUACAUCAGUUCUCUUCCUCUCGCAGUGAUGGAGACGCAUUAAACUCGUAUUUAUAUGUCGUAAAGUGUGUGUUUAAGCGCUCGGAUGUUCGGGAAUGUCAGGAUUAAACUUCCUGUUGAGCUUUAGCCGCGCGGAGCUUCACUAAAGAAGGAAGUUGAUGGAGUUGUGAAGAUGAGUGUGACGUCGUGGUUCCUGGUGAGCAGCUCCGGCACACGCCACCGCUUGCCCCGCGAGAUGAUCUUUGUGGGCCGAGAGGACUGUGAACUGAUGCUCCAGUCUCGCAGUGUGGACAAGCAACACGCGGUGCUCAACUACGACGUGUCCACAGACGAGCACCUGGUCAAAGACCUGGGCAGCCUCAACGGGACCUUCGUGAAUGACCUUCGCAUCCCUGACCAGACGUACAUCACCCUGAAGUUAUCUGAUGUCAUCCGCUUCGGAUAUGAUUCACACAUAUACAUCCUGGAGAGAAGCCAACACAAAGUGCCCGAGGAAGCCCUCAAGCAUGAAAAAUACACCAGCCAGCUUCAGUUUGGUCAAGAGAUGCCGGAAACCAAGAAGCACAUCAGGACAGAGGAGAAACAGAGAGACUCAUUACGCCUCAAAUCAGAGAAAGCCGAGCGGAAGAACAUCACAGACCCGCCCGUGUCGAGACCCACGCCGCUCUACGGCCAGCCGUCCUGGUGGGGUGAGGAUGAUGAAGCAAAGGGUGAAGAUGAUGAAGAAAAGGGUGAGCGUUGUGACCCGAGCGCUCAUGAACAUCACGCAGAAAACCACAAGGAUGGUACCGGAUGUGAGGUCAGUGUAUCGCCAGAUGAGUUUCUCGAUGGCCAGGGAAAGUCCGGUUACGCUUUCCGCAAGGAGCCGAGCUACUUUGAGAUUCCCACGAAGGAGAUCCAUCCAAAGCCCAAAACUUCAUCCCUGGAAGUCCAAGAGAUCCCCACAAAAGACACGGACCACAAACCCCCUUCCACUCCCCCCGUGGUCCAGGGCCAUGCCUCCUUCACCAUCGAGUUUGAUGACCAAACCCCUGGAAAGAUCAAGAUCAAGGACCAAGUCACGAAGCUCUCGGUCCGCCAGCGCAGGAUUCCCACCAAAGAAUCGAUAGCCAGACUUACGGAAGUGAUGUCGGCGGAGAACAAAGUUGCUGAUUGGUUGGUGCAAAGCGACGCCACUAUGUUGAGGAGUCUCGAUGAGCAGUCUGGGUCCGACGAGCUCUCGAACAAGACCUUCAAGGAUGCACACCAUCAUGAUGAUGAUGAUGAUUUGGAAGAACCAGAAGAACCGCAAAAGGUUCAAAAGAUCGUCCCACAACUGGAAGGAAAAGAUUACCCAGCUAACUACAUCCCAGAUCCAAAGAGCCAAGGCAAACCGGAUCCCCAGCAAGCUUUUAUGGUCGAGUUCUUUGACGACGGUCAACGGAAAAAACGCUCGCAGUCGUUCACCAAUAACAUGUCUUCUCCUGACUUCCAGUCUGCUUUAAAAAGCAAGCUAGACAAACGAAAAGUUGCAGGCCAGGCUGGAGAGCGAACACCCGCAUCAUCCGCACAUAACGCACCCACACAGCAGUUCACGAUUCCCCUUAAAGGCUCUGAUGAUACGAAGCGGGCCGAAUCUCUCAGACGGGAGAAAAGCGAGAUGCGCAUGAGCACGUCUGACUUUAGCUCUCGCUCCACGUCAAAACCCUUCGGCAGCAUCGGCCGGAGAUCCAAACUAUCGCAGGACUUCGCAGCCGAGUUGCUCAGGAUGUCCAAACCUAAUCCUGCCUCCACGUUGGACCAUAAAACCUCUUCUUCUACAACUACGACACACUCUAGCUCUACUCAGAGUUUUCCUGCCACGUCUCAUCCCAGCAUUAACCACAUGGAAGUCAACUUCACGGAGGCCAAAACUUCUCCGCAUGAAGAAGAGGACAGUUUGAGUGAUGCAGGGACCUACACUAUUGAAGCUGAGGGACCAGAUAAAGAGGUUGUGGAGGCACGGAGUUUGAUCGAUCAGGUGUUUGGUGUUGGCAACAUCAGCCAAUCCGCAGCAGCAACGACAUUUAAGCCUAUAGUUGGUGACACUGAGGGUCACGAUAGUCUUCUACUCAGUGAGAAUAGCUCAGGCCUAAAACUGGGCCAGUAUCCGAAAGACCGUAGUGACACAGACAAGGGUCCAGUACAGAUGCAGUCGAUGACGACGUUGACCCCUGGAGGCUCUCGCUGGGUCUCGCGCUGGGCCAGUUUGGCCGACACCUAUUCAGACUCGGGUCCUGCUUCAGGACUGUUGGAUAUCCCCACACAGGCUGAUCUUUCUACCGGAGGUCAUAGCAGCAGAUCAAGACGAGUUCUGCCUCCGGUUCCUUUGAAGGAGAAGAUUGAGACGCCACCGCCCGCAAUACACAUCCACCCUGACUCGUACCUGUCCGGUUUGGAGAAGAGUUCGCAAGUUCAGAAGCAAAAGUGGGAUCCACAGAAACUAAGUGUCCAAGAUGAUCUGGAUCCAGACAGCUUGAGUGAUGCCAGCAGGUCUGAUGAUGGAUCAGUGGUCGAGCAAAGCAGGACGACUCCUGACACAGCUUACAAGACGUGGAACCGGUCUUCAAAUACGCAACCCAAGCAAGAAGAGACGAAAGAUAUGGAUUCGCCUCCCAAAUUCUCCACCGCUACUUUAACGCGACAGCAUGGGAAUAUUACCAAGCCAUCACACAUUGAUCACCCAAGCAAGGAUGACUCUCUUGGUGCGGACAGUUCAGUGUCUAUUGUCAGACAAGAAAGUUAUACCAAAGUAAGGGCUAGUGAUGACAUCCAGUUGUCCAGAUUGCCUCAGAUAUCUAGUCAACCCUUAGGCAAAGAUGCUUUUAAAGGUGUAAGCAAUCAAGACACUCAGUCGUACCUCAAAGACACAGAGGAUGUUUUAGCGUCUCUGGAAGCCAAGCUUCUGGACCAGCAGGAAAACAACGGUCGCUCCCAUCUGGAGGACUCAUUCUCGGAAGAAUCGGACACUUCCAGUACAAUCAGUGGCAAAAACGCUUUGGUUUCUGUUCCUAAGAAGCUUGUCGACAUCAGAGGACUUUUAAAAGGUACCGGACAGUAUUCAAGAGAACCCAAGACUCCCGAUGAUCCAUCGUCCGGGAUAAAGGACAGUGAUGGCAAGAGUUUUCAGCGCCGGCGUAAUCUUAGUUCUCACGACUUUGCGCCAGAACAUCAAAGUCCCACCGCAAGACGUGACGUCGUUUCCGACCAGGAAUCGAAUUCCCAACCUUACAAAAAGUACACAAUUCCUCUUCAGAAGGAAGGUACGAGCAAAUCCAAAGGUACGGUGCAACAAACUCUAGCUCGUUCCAAUAGCCUCUCCGCUCCGCGAGCCACGAGAGCUUCAACGCUUCGCCGUUCCCGCUUGGGCGAAGCCUCCGACAACGAAGGCACCGAAACCGACCGAACGUCUCAGAACUCCGACGUCAAUCCCUCGGGGAGCACCCGAGGCGCUCAGGAAAGCAAGAAACUCUCUCGAUUGGACAUUUUAGCUUUGCCUAGGAAAAGGACAAGCUCUUUUAACACUACCAGUGACACGGAGUCUUCCGCGAGCCGGACUGGGUUUUCAAACCGAAGCACGGAGUCGGGAAGCUCCGUGCGGAAAGCUUCAGUGCCGGAUCCCAAGGCUCUUCUAAGGAAGGUUUCGAACGCCAUGAACAGGCAGCCGAUCGUACGCGGACGCUCGAGCAGCGCUAAAUACGCCAGCAGCACUGCUAGCUCCAGGAGGCGUCAGAAGGGUUCAGACUACGCCUCCACCUCAGAGGAUGAGUACGAGUCUAACCUUAGCACCCCUAAACACAAACGCUCCCAUCAUUCAGGGGCCCAGCAGAACCCCAGUCUCCAUCCAGCAGGUCCGGUGCGAGCCAUGCCCCGGUCCAGAGACUCCGAGGGGGAAGGACACGAGAGCGACGCCUUCCAGAACUGGACGUCUCAUAGCGCCGAGAUUGCCAGAUUGAGUCAGGACCUGGCCAAAGAUCUGGCUAUUCUGGCCCAAGAGAUUCAUGAUGUUGCUGGAGAUCCAGAAGCUCAGAGUGUUUCUACAGACAAGAUGGGACCCGCCAUAUCUGCCCACGAGGAGUUGCGGCACCAGAUUCCCGAAGCCAGUGUGAGUUUCCAGAAAGAGUCUCCAGUGGCAGCGCCGGUGUGUGAGGAGUCUGAGGGCCCGAGUGCGAGGCAAGACGAGGUUGCGCUCAACAACGUGAUGCUGAAUCCAGUGUCCCAGCUGUCCCUGGCCAUCCGCGAGAACACUGAGCAACUGACCGAGAAGAUCAAGGUUUUGUUUCAUAAUAAGAUGGAUGUUUUGAGUGAAAUGGAGGCGAAAAUCAAUGCGGCUGAUGAUUCUCCACCACUGAAAACAUCAAACAAGGAAAUUGCAUCAAUUCUGAAAGAGCUGAGGAGAGUUCAGAAACAGCUGGAAGUCAUCAACACCAUCAUUGAUCCGCGAGGAAACCCGGAUCUCGGCAGGACGUUUUCGUCGGCAGGGGUUCGCAGUUCCAGAGCCUCGUCCCGGGACUCGAGGUCGUCACACCGAGGAGGAGGACCGACGCCGAACCCCCGACGCGCGUUCAGAAGCUCAGACCGGGAAGGGUCACUGGUAUGACCAUCUGUGUGUGUGUGUGUGUGUAUCAUCACUCGUCACUUUGCUAAUGGUUUCAGCACAAGGCUAAAUCUAUGUUGGCUGUUCAGAAUCAAGCACGUCUAGUCCGAUCGCUGCUUUGGCACAAGCUCCUCAUGAAAAUCACAGGCAUUCGAGAGAAUAUGAUACGUUUAAUAUAUAUUUGCACAUUUAUAUUUGCUCCAAACCGACUUCAACAGCUUGUGGCGUUCAUAAUGCAAUGAUUGAGAAACCGCACAGAUUUUGCCAUUACAUGUAAUAACUGUAAAUACACUGUUUAUGAUUUUUUUUUUGUGUGCUCUUUGUCACUUUUUCUUUUUGAUGGUUGUUAUGGAUAUAUUAGUACAAGUAAUUUACAUGAUUAU